GAGCUCUAAGGCAGGAUGCCGCUGGUGAAGAGGAACAUCGAGCCCCGGCACCUGUGCCGGGGGGCUCUGCCCGACGGGGUGACGAGUGAGCUGGAGUGUGUCACCAACAGCACUCUGGCUGCCAUCAUCAAGCAGCUGGGCAGCCUCAGCAGGCACGCUGAGGACAUCUUUGGGGAGCUGUUCAAUGAGGCCAACAGCUUCUACAUGAGGAUGAACUCGCUGCAGGAGAGGGUGGACCUGCUGGUCAUCAAGGUGACACAGCUGGACUCCACCGUGGAGGAAGUUUCGCUACAGGACAUCAACAUGAGGAAAGCCUUCAAGAGCUCCACGGUGCAGAACCAGCAGGUUGUGUCUCGCAACUCCAUCCCCAACCCGGUGAUGGAGAUGUACCAGCGCUGCGACAAACCCCCACCACUCAACAUCCUCACACCCUACAGGGAUGACAAAAAGGAUGGCCUCAAAUUCUACACUGACCCCUCCUACUUCUUCAACUUAUGGAAGGAGAAAAUGUUGCAGGCAACAGAAGAUAAGAGGAAGGAGAAGCGCAGACAGAAGGAGCAGCGGCUGGUGGAGGACUCCACCCGGGAGGUGAAGAAAGUGAGGAAAGCCCGGAACCGGCGGCUGGAGUGGAACAUGAUGGCGUAUGAUAAAGAGUUCCGGCCCGAUAACAGGUUCUCACCAUCCCCCUAUCACAUGGCGUCAUCGGAAGGAUCACUGUCCCCAGAUAAUAGGCAGCCUCGGAAGCCACAGAUCCCGCUGAUGCCCAUGAGCGACGCCCGGAGUGACCUGCUGGCAGCCAUCCGCAGGGGGAUCCAACUCCGGAAAGUCCAGGAGCAGUGGGAACAAGAGGCCAAGAAAGAGCCUGUGGGCAAUGACGUGGCGACGAUCCUGUCGCGGCGGAUCGCGGUGGAGUACAGCGAGUCCGACGACGACUCCGAGCUGGACGAGAAUGAGUGGUCAGACUGAGGGGCCCCGGGCUGGGCUGGGCUGGGCUGGGCUGGAGCAGCCCCCAGCUCUGCCCCGGGUGUGUACAGGUGCCUCCCCCACCGUUGCCGUGCGGGCGGCCCCACUCGUCCAGGAGCUUUGCUUUUACACUUUGUCCAAAACCCUGCGGGCAGCAGCAGCACUGGUAGGAUACACCUCAGAGGCAGUGAGACCAGACAUUAGCAGCACCUUCACAUUUAAUGACUUCCAAAAUUCUCUGAAGGCAGGUUAAUAGGAUUGCUCUGGGUUUACACCUGGAGCAGGAGCAGAGGCUGGCCCUGAGUGUGCUUUGCGCGAGGAGGGAGCCCCAGGGGCAGCAGUGCUUUUCCAGCUGGACGGUAACUGUGGUAACGAGAAGCUCCUGGAGAAGAAGCCUGUUUGCACAGCUGGUGCCACCAUGGGAGCUCGGGGAUGGCCCUACAUGGGCCUGGGGACCCUCUACUGUCAGAGUUUUUGGGCUCAGGCAACUCCAAAGGCUGCCCAUGAGCAGGAGCCUCCUUCCCCUGAGGGUGAUGCACCAUGUUUAGCAGCAGCUCCAUAGGGAUGGUUCCCAUCGUACUGUCAUUCCCUGGACAAUCACAGAAUGGUUGGGAUUGGAAGAGACCUUUAAAGCCCAUUGAGUCCAAUCCCUUGCAAUGAAC